GAAGUCGUUGAGGAGUUAGUGAAUCACUUUUAAAAUAAGAGCAGAGCGAGUUCACAUGUUCAGCUCAGCUGCAGACUUUCAGGGUUGAGGCUGUGACGUCAGCAGGGGCUCGGUCGGCAGGAGGCGGUUGGAGCAGAAAAACUGGACCUGCAGCUCAAAGCCCUGAAUCUGUUUCCUCCAGAGAGGAGAGACAACAUGGCUGAAACACAGGGAGGGACAGCAGCGCCGGGCAGGAAGAAAUGGGUUUUCCCGCGGAGAGGCUCUGCAGAUGAACAUAAACUGAGCAUCGUUUCUUCAGACAGAGACCCUCACAGUCUGGCAGUUCCCUUCAGAGGUCACAUCAGCGGUGGGAUGUGUGUGGGGAAGAAGGUGGUGCUGGUGGGUGUUGUAGACCACCAUCCUGACAGGUUCUACGUGGCCCUCACUUGCGGUCGAGGACUAGGCGGGCAGCCCCCGCUUGACGUGGCUCUGGAGCUCUGCGUGAGAUUCAGGGACCAGCAGAUCCUGCGCAGAGCCUGUGAGUCGGGGUCCUGGGGAGACGUGGACAGAACCGUGCCUUUCUUCCCCUUCAUCAAAGGCCAGCCCUUCAAGAUGGAGAUCCACUGUGAGCACGGCCGGUUCCGUGUGUUCCUGGACGGACAGAAGCUGUUUGAUUUCUCCCACAGACUGACGUCCCUGGACCAGAUCGACACCAUGUGGAUCAAAGGAAGUCUCACCAUCUCUAAGCUGGCCUGAAGACUCCAUGAGGAACUUCUGACCUCCUUGAAACCAGGACUUGUUCACAGCGUGGAUGCUCUCUGUGACUCUAAGUGGACCAUGAUCCACUGAAUGAACAUCAUGCUGUGUGAAGGAGAAACUAGAGACUGAGACUCUUUAGUGUUUACUGAGGGAACAGACCAGCUGAGGAGGAGGA